GAUAACACCGUUAAUACUUUCAUUAAUAUUAAUAUUUUCAAACCAAAAAGAAAUUAGAUGUAUUUUUGUGGUUUCACUUAUGAUAGUCUAUUGGCUUACAGAAGCCGUGCCAUUGGCUAUUACAGCACUGUUACCUCUUGUGUUUUACCCAUUGCUUCAAAUAAUGUCCACAAAAGAAAUAUCUAAAAGUUAUAUAAGUGACACACUUAUGGUAUUUUUAGGCAGUAUUAUAGCCACAGUAGCUGUUGAAGAGUCAAAUCUUCAUCAAAGAAUUGCAUUAAGAAUUUUAAUGUUUUUUGGAUCAUCUCCUUUGUGGCUUUUGCUUGGCUUUAUGAGUACCACAUCAUUCAUAUCGAUGUGGAUCUCAGACACGGCUACCACAGCACUAAUGGUACCCAUCAUUGAAGCCGUCAUUUUAAAUAUUAAAGACCAAAGAAAAGCAAAUGUGUUAACAAAUUUAGACGCCAAAAAUGUUGAAGAAAAUGUCAAUAACGCCAACAAUAAAAAUCCAAUUAAAAGGUAA